GCGAAACACGCCAACAUGGUGGCGCGGUACUUGGGGGGCCCCGGCGCGCACCCUGGCGGUGGACACUCCGCCGCAGGGCCCGCAGGGGGUCGCGGCCACCACACGGCGCAGGCCGUGAGCUGCUACUUGCCGUUGCACGCGCCGCAACAGCCGCGGCCCCAACAGGCGCACCAGCAGCACGGCCAGCAUGGCCAGCACGCCCACCCGGCUGCUCACGCCCAGCAGCACCACGGACAGCAGCAGCACCACCGUCACCAGCAACAGCCGGCCUCGCAGCAGCAGCCGUUUCAGCUGCGCCUCCUCGCCAACGGGCCCGGAAGAGGCGGUGAUGUGUACCACGUGACUUCCACCUACCCGCCGCAAGGUGGCGGCGGUCCCAGUGGCGGUCCCAGCGGCGGCCCUCAGAUGCGUGUCGGUAUCAACGCCAUGGGCAUGCCCGUGCAGGGCGUGCAGGGCGUACAGGGCGCCCAGCAGCAGGGCAGCCACCCUGGCCACGCCGGAGGCCCCGCGCCCACCUCGACGCCCCCGCAGCCCGACAUGAGCAAGAGCCUGCACCUGCAAGGACAGGGCCAGAUCCAGGGGAGCAUGAUCCCCUUCCAGGUGCAGAAUGCGUCGCGGCAGACGACACAGAAUUAUAAUUUUCAACCUAGAACCACAGCUACCCGCAUGCCAAAUAGGAAUCAGCAAGCCUUUUAUCCCAAUAUGGCUAACAGUCAGCAACUUGUAGCAGGACAGCAUUACGGCAUAAUGCCUAAUUUGGUAAUGUACCCCCGCGGUGCCGGUAUGAACUCUGCUGGUCACCAGCCCACAUUGGGAUACCCCAACCAGCAACAGCAAUAUUAUAUUCCAACAAACAUGCCUGGAGCAGGAGGACUGUUUUAUGCUACUCCUAUGAUUCGGACUGCUCCUUCAGGUGUAAAUAUUUCAGGCCCUCCUCAAACUCAGCAAAGUCUACAGACUGCGGCUCCUCAUGGGCCUGUACAAACUCCAAAUAUACCUGUUUCUGGGGCCAUCAUGCCCAUUGUCUCACCUUCAGCCCCAUCUGGUGGCAAUGCUGUUCCCCCUGCGCAACCAAAGCGUAGAAAACAUGCUUUGAUCAUUGUCGACCCCAACAGCGGUAAAGACGUUGUUGAAGAAAUGGAAAAAGAAGCAUCAGCCUCUGGUAGUUCGAGUAAUCGAGAAACUCCACAACCGGAGUCAUCAGCUGCUACAAAUCACAAUGUCGCAGCUGAAUUUGCUGAGAGAGUAGGAAAGGCUGCCAGUGAAGACUCGACGCCGUCAGCACCGACUCAGCCCCCGGACCUGUCCCAGAACAUGGGCAGCGUGAACGGACCCGCCGCCAGCCCGGCAGAGGCAGCCCCUGACGCAACUCUUAGUCAAAGCAGUUAUUUAGAAGAUAGCUCUAGCAUAGGCAAUACGUGGAACAAGGGCGGCCACAAGGGCCCGGGGGCUGGCCCCGUCCCUGUCCCUGUGGAAGACGGCACGCCCGUGUUCUUGUACUCACCUGUGAUACCACAUAAUUUUAGUGCCAAGUCUAUUGAAGAAAUGUACCCCAGCUCCAAUGUGUCUAUUGUGAUGCACCAUUCAAGCAUGGUGCCUACACGACCAGCCCAGCUGGCCAACUCAUCCCUGGCGCUCUCCGAGACAACGCCAGUUGUUAGUGCCAACAUCAAUGCGCCAAGUGUUGAAGUGUACAGAGGUAGAAACGCUCAGCAAUCGCCUUCUGGCAACACUGGUACCCACCCAUCACCCCAGAGACGGAAAAGACAAGAAAAUGCUGCUGCUGUUUCAAGCAGUAAUGCAUCAACUACACCUAGUGCAUCAAGCACAGAGAGUCCGAGUCAUGUCGCUGAAGCCAAGAAGAAGGGCAGUCCCACACCUGCUGGAGGCGCUCAGAGUGUAGGGCCUGCCAAGGCGCAGCCUGGAGCCGUCCAGAAGGACGCCAAGGGCGGCAAGGGCGCCAAGGCGCCUGCCCCCAAGGACGCCCCUAAGGAGGUGCUGAAGGACGCCCCCAAGGAGGCCGACAAGACUCCCCUGGUGGAGCCCGCCAAAGGCAAGAGCCCCCCUGCGUCGCAGGCGACGACCCCCGCGGCCGCCAAACCCGCCGCCGCCGCCGCCCCUGCAGCACCCGCAGCGGCACCCGCCGGGGCGUCGACGCCGGCCCCAGCCGCUGCCGACGCCAAGGCCGACAAGGCCAGCAAGGCGACGCCGACGCCCAAGCCGGCCGUGCCGGAGCCCGCAGCCGAGUCAGAGGGUAAAGGCGCCGGUCGCCACAAGGGCAAGAAGAUGCGCGACUCCAGCGCCAAGGGCGCUGAGAAGGAGGGCUCCGAUGUGGAGGCUGCCUCUGAGGCAGCGCUCCCCGAGGAGAGCUGCUCCACCCCCGCGUCCACGCCCACGCCGUCCGAGGCGGCCGCGGGCAGCAGCCCCGUCGCCGCGACCACCCCUGAGGCGGAGGCGGAGGGCGACGCGGUGAGCAAGACAGCCUCGCCGACGCCGGCCGCCACCCCCGUGACCAGCGUCCCGGAACCCGCUGCCGCGGCUACCCCCGCUGAACCGGCGGAGGGGGCCGUGGCGCCCCAGACGGAGGACUUGCCGGAGGCUGUGGACGCAGCCACCCCCGCGACGACGGCACCGUCGGCCCCGACAGUGACGGUGCCGGCACCCACCCCGGCCGCCGUCAACCUGUUCGCCCCCUUCGCGCUGCCCUCGCCCCCGGUCAUCAUCCCCAGGGCCGUGAAGGAGGUCAAGGAGGUGGAGGUGGACGACAAGGUGUCGUCUCGCAACGACGAGAACGCCAAGGUGUCCAAGGAUGAUGCUGCCGGCGACAAGAAGAGGGCAUAUGCUCCAGAACAAUGGAGUCCUCUCAACCCUGACGGCAAGAAGAAAUAUGACCGCAGUUUCUUGAUGGACUUGCGUAAUGAUCCUCAGUCGCAGAAGAAACCUGAUGGUCUACCUGAAAUGGAGGUAGUCCUCAAGGAAAGCAAUAAGAAGGCAAUGCAGAAUAACUUCAACAAUGACUUUUCACCUGCUGGUUUUGUUCGGUCAUCUGGUUCUCGAGGGCCUCCUCCUCAGAGGAAGAGUCAACAGGGUAAGCCCAAAUCUGGCAAGCCUCCUCUUAUUCAUGUGACAUUGUCACUUCGAGAAGAUGUAAAACUCCAUGAGACUGAAAAUGCAUGGAAGCCUGGUGUACUUGUUGCUGGUAGUAAAGAGUCUGAUGAAGAAGAAGCUAAGACACAGGAUUUGUACAAGAAAGUUCGAGGUGUGCUCAACAAACUUACGCCUCAGAAGUUUGACACAUUGGUCGGACAGGUUCAGGCUUUGCCAAUUAACACUCCUGAAAGAUUAAAGGGAGUUAUUGAUCUUGUUUUUGACAAGGCUGUUGAUGAACCAAAUUUCUCUGUUGCCUAUGCUAAAAUGUGCAAUGAACUGAAAUCUAAAGAAAUCCAGAAUAAUUCCUUUAGGAAGAUCCUCAUAACACGGUGCCAACAAGAGUUUGAGAAAAACAAAGACGCUGAAACCAAUAAUAAGGACAAAAAGAUUAAGGAAAUUGAAAGUGAACCAGAUCCAGAAAAGAGGAAGGAACUUACAUUAAUGUAUGAAGAGGAGGAAAGAAAAAUUAGGAUGAAGUCUGUUGGCAACAUUAGGUUCAUUGGUGAAUUGUACAAGCUGGGAAUGUUGACUGGACCUAUCAUGCUUCGUUGUGUUAGUGACUUGCUGAGGAAGGAAGACGAAGAAUCUUAUGAGUGCCUCUGCAAGCUUUUGACUACUAUUGGAAAGAAGUUGGAAAUGGAACUAACACAGGGAGGCCAAGGAGAUGUUUUGAGUUCCUACUUCAUCAAAAUGAAGGAGUUGGCUGAUAAGGGAAGGAAGGGCAAGAACGUUUCAUCCCGAGUCAGGUUCAUGCUUCAAGAUUGCAUCGACCUUCGGUCCAACAAAUGGGUUCCGCGCCGAGAUGACUCGAACCCCAAGACCAUGGACGAGAUCCACCGAGAGGCCGAGCGCGAGACUGUGGAGAUGAACAUCGCCCUGGCGCAGCAGGGCACUCCCAGGAAGGACGACCGCGGCAUGAACCGCGGCAUGGGAGGCGGCGGUGGAGGCAUGGACAAGCGGGGCGGCAGGGGCGGACCAGCUGCCGAUGAUGGUGGUUGGAAGAACGUGCAAACCAGGAGUCGGCCCCUAGACGUCAACAAAAUGGCCAAGGGCAUCAUUCAAUCAACCGAAAUAGCAACUCUAGGCUCACCUAAUCAAUUCUCCAAGUGGGGCGGGGGCAGUGGGAACAGUGCCUCGAGAGACCCCAAAGCUAUCUCUUCUAGACCUGGACCCGUUGUCACCACAGGCAACCCCUUCUCAGCUCUUGAGAAGACUUCUGUGUUCAACAAUGCCGAGAGGAAACCAUCUGGUUCAAGCAGUAAGGAUCGAAGCAUGGGUGACAGAAAUAGUGGGUCUCGUAGCAGUAGUCAACAUAGGACAAGCUCUCAGCCAGCUUCUAGGGACAGCUCACAAGCAAGAGGAAAGCUUGAAGAGGAAAGGAGAAGCAGGGUACCCACACCAACCUCUGUGAGUGAAAUUUCACCAAGUGAGCAACCUACAUCCAAUGCCAAGGAUGCAAAUGGUGGCCCAGUGUGCAAAUUGAGGAGGCUAGAAGAAGGUGAAGAAUUAGAAAGGAUAUCUAAAAACCUUGUGGACGAGUAUCUUUCCCAUAGAAAAUUAGAGGAUGCAACCUUAGCUGUUCAAGAUUACUUUGACUGGACCAACAUUGCAUCUUUUACUCGAGAAGCUUUGGCUUCAAUGUUAGAUAGAGUUGUGGUGCAGGAUCACAUACUAGUUGGUAAAUUUUUAGGACAUCUUAUUCAAAUAAAUCAAAUGCGAAAAGAAGAUUUUAAUGCUGGGUUUUCCCAAAUAUUAGAAUUGUGCCCUGACUUUAUUGUUGAUAUCCCUAAGUUGUGGACUCAUGUUGGAGCACUUCUUGCGGGUAUUCUGCUCAUUGAGGCUGUGACUUUCAAAGAUCUAGCAGAACCAUUAGUUGUGCUCAAAGGCUCAAAAGAAGCUGGUUUGCUGCUCAAAAAUAUUAUGCAAGUUUUAGAUAAGGAAAAGGGUUCGUCCUGGAUUAAGGACAACUGGAAUAAGUGUGGAGCCACAUGGUGUGACUUCCUUGAAGAGAAGGAUGUAUCUGACUUCCUUAAAGAAAAUAAUAAUUUGGAAUCAUUCUCCGGAGGGGCGCUGGCGUCCAACACAGAGAUGACUCAAGAAGAAAUUCAGAAUAAGCUAUUAGAUUUCCUCAACUCAAAUGAGACAUUCGAUGGUAUUCAGGGAUGGAUAAAAUCUAACGUUGGGGAUCGUACAAAUGAACCUGCCUUUAUUCGUGCCUUGAUGACAGCUAUCUGUAGAAAUUGUUUACAAGAGGCUCAACCAAGUAACAAAUUGACAUUAAAUGAAGAAAAGUUGAGUCAAGACAAACUACUCCAGCGUUAUCUUGAAAACAAAGAGGACUUGGAGUUGCAAUGUCUCUAUGCAGUGCAGGCGCUGGUCACUCAACUAGAGCACCCUCAGGGUCUGAUUGUUUCCAUAUUCAAUGCGCUUUGGGAGUAUAACGUAAUAUCCACUGAUGCUUUCCUUGCUUGGUUCAAAAGUGAUGAUCCUCAAGAGACUGAAGGAAGGGGCGUCUGCCGGUCAAGCUUGGCCUCGUUCCUGACCCUUCUGUCUGAAACUGAGGAAGAUGAAGAACAUCCUUGAUAUAAGGCCAGACGACGCAAGUCGAAACCUCAUUUUGUGCUCCAAUAGCCAUGAAGGACUCUAACUGAGCCAGGUGCUUGGAGUGUGUGCCGACUGGUAGUGAUGCUGGAACAAUGUGGAGGAUCUGUGAAGUCUGACAGAAGAAACUGCCCACAAGUGCAGUAGUAUUAGUGUCUAGUUCGUUUUCGAAACUAAAAUAUGACUGAUAUGGUAUCAUGUUUCUCAUACUUUGAGAAUGCUUUUUUUACUUUAUAAGCCGUUUUUUAACAUAGCAAAGAAUAUUUACUACGUAAUUUUUAAAUGAUCGAUUCAGGCAUGACUGAGCAGCAAGAAGGCUUAGGUAUCACUUGUUUUGCGACCCGCAGGCCGCAGGCACCGCGUAAUCAAGCAGACCCUGACACCCUGCCUUUCUGUAACCUUUAUUUUCCACAUUGAAAAUGGUUUCCCCUUUUGGAAGUGACAUGGAAAGCAUUAAUUGUUCAUUGCGAAAGGCGCUGAUUUGGGAUGAAAAUCAAACUAAGUCCAUAUGAAUAUAAUUAUUAUUGCUAUUAAGAGAUUUAUCAAGCAGUGAGACUGGAGGUCAAGUUAAACAUAAUUGUAUUAUACUAUUAAAUGAAGUGUUGUUUUUGUUGAUUCAAGAACUGUGUGGCUUUGAGCUACAGUUUUGGUUGGGAUUAUUUAGUUUUGUAAAUUGCAGCAUUUGAAUAGGUGAACUUCGGCAUGUUAAUGAGAAAAGAAAAGAGGUCGCAGGAGAGUUGUUGUUUUGUAUGUAGGAAUAUGGAAAUGCUCGCAUCCAUUCUAUGUAAAUGACAGACUAUAUAUUUAUGGAUGAAAAGCAUGGUUAUGAGGGCGUAGAAUUAUUAAAACAUGGUGUACAAAAUGUUUUGGUUGUUAUUUGACCCAAAUGCCUUGCUGUCCUUAGGCAUGUACCCAUUGCAGCAUUGUAAUCAUUGUGCAAAAUCUAUGUGUAUUUCAAAUCUUAAUAAGGGCAUUUGUUAAGUGGCGUUUUGACAUUUUGUCAAAUUUUGACCUGUUUUGAAAGUGCUGUAUAUAAAAAAAAAUAUAUAUGUACAUUUCCAUAA